ACCUUCACCCUUAUCCUUCGUUUCUCUUUCUUACCCUUCUCUGUCUUGCCAGAGGCGCAGGUCAGGACGUUGAUCGUCUCUUUUCCGUCUUCAUUUCCCUUCCUCGCCGGCCAAGUCUGGUACCGAUCGGACUCUCUGGGAGAGCAGAUAUUCACAUCCACCCGGUUCAACCCACUGGCUGCCUGCCAUUUUCUGUCCUUUAAUCCCCCUGUAUAAGUUCUAGCGGAGCAAAAUGGUCUCGAAGAAAUUGACGGGCGUUUGGGCUUUCGUCGACUUCUGUCUCCUCGUGUCAGGCGUCAUCGCACUCGCGUUCUCAAUUGUUUGGCGGGCUCCCAACCUUCUCUUGAAUCUGGUUUUCAGCAAAGGGGAUUUGACCGCGGGAACUGUGCUCGGCGUAUCCCUCUUGCUGACAUUUGCCGUCUCGAUCGGAGCAAUUGUCCAGCGCAAUCAUGUUACGUCCGGACUUGUCAUUCUGAACUGGUUCUUGGUCUUGGACGCCAUUGGGAUCGCCGUGAUCGGCACUUUCGUAUGGUUCUACACUCUCGAAGAGCGCAACAACUAUCACGAAGUUUAUUCCAAGCUCACGGAUGACACCAUCAUUCAGAUUCAAGACAAGUUGAAGUGCUGCGGCUACUUCAAUGGCUCAGACCACCUCGUUCUUGGCGGUCAAUUCUGCGCGAACCAAACAUUCGUUGAUGGCUUCCUCAAGCUUGACAAUACUACGAAAGAUUGGACAGGUGCCUGUGUCACCCCUAUCACCUCCUUUGCCGAUGCAUCGCUCAACAACGUUUUCACGUACGUCUACGGUUUCAUGGCGGUUGUCAUCUGUCUUUUCCUAGCCUCUCUUUGCGUAAUCAAGAAGCGUCAAGAGGAAGAACGAUUCAAGAGAAUCGACGCCAAGCGUGGAGGGCGUGGUUUCGUGUAAACGAUACCCGAGGGUGGGCCUAAGCAUAUACGCACUCUGCCUGGGCAAGUACCGUAUAUGCAGAAAGCAUAAUCAGACACGUACUUUCUGCUUUCCCACUUCAUUGUCAGUCCUUUCUCGAGCGAUUUAAUAUUGUUCCGCUAGAACUUCAGAUUGUUUCUUCGUCCCGGUUGUCCUGGCAUGUAUUUUAUCUGUAUUCGUUCUAGACUAAGAGGUAUCGGAUGACGGAAGGCAAUCUCAACGGAAUUGUAACGACGUCAGACAUAGGCAACCAAGUAAGUAGCAGGCUCG